AUGUCACCUCCCAAGUCUUCAGGCAUCGACUUAUCUGACGAUGACCUGGAUUGUCUCAGCAUAUCGGAGCUUGAGAAGCGAGCGCUGGGGAGAAUGGACAAACAGACAAGGGAUUAUUACAACGAAGGCGCGGACUCGGGUGUCACUUUGCUUGAUAAUAUCAUGGCUUAUCAGAUGUACCGCAUCCGUCCUCGAAUUAUGCGUGACGUCUCAUCCAUCGAUAGCUCAGUCGUGGUUUUCGGCCACAGAAGCAGCGCCCCUUUUGGGAUCGCCCCAGCAGCCAUGCAGAAGUUGGCUCACCCGGACGGAGAACUGGCGACGGCGCGAGCUUGUGCCAGACGGGGCAUUGUCAUGGGACUCAGCUCGUUCUCAACCACAACCAUAGAGGACGUGCGACAGGCGAGCGGAAGGAUGCCCAACGCCUUGCAACUGUACCUGUUCGAAGAUAGAUCUCACAGCCGUGAUCUGAUUGCCCGUGCCAAAAUGGCAGGCUACAAGGCGGUCAUCCUGACCGUCGACACUCCGGUCCUUGGAAGGCGAAGACUGGAAAUUCGAAAUCAAUUUCGAUUGCCGAGUCACUUGGAGAUUGCAAACUUCGCCAGCCACGCCACUGAAUCCGAAGUAAAGAGUUCGUCUACCGAGGAAGGGAACAAUCUGCCCGAUGGCUACGCCACUCGUGCGCCUCAGAUCACCUUCCACACCCACGGUCCCAAUCCUACUUUGGAGUGGAAAGAGACCAUGAAAUGGCUGAAACACGAAGCCUGGCCGAUGCAAGUCUGGCUCAAGGGUAUCUUGACCCCCGAGGAUGCUUCGCUGGCAGUCGAGCAUGGUGCGGAUGGCAUCAUCGUCUCCAACCACGGCGGACGUCAGCUCGAUGGAGCCCUUGCCACUCUCGAUGCCCUUCCCGACAUCGUUGCCGUGGUCGGCCGUCGCAUUCCUGUGCAUGUGGAUGGAGGCAUUCGCCUCGGUUCCGACAUCUUCAAGGCUCUCGCCCUGGGGGCGGACUUCUGUUGGGUUGGUCGCCCAGCGCUGUGGGGCCUAGCAUACAAAGGUCAAGUGGGAGUUGAAUUAUGCUUGCGCUUGUUGAUCGACGAAUUCCGGCGUUGUAUGGGACUCUCGGGGGUUACUGAAGUGAAACAAAUUGGCCCAGAUUAUCUUUGCAAGGUCGGUCGCAGUGGCUUUGUAAGUCGCCUGUAG